CAAUUAUUUAGUCAUAUUAGUGGCCAUUUGUAUCACCGAUAGCGUGAUGUCAAAGCAAUAUACGUGCAGUUUGGCCAACGAUUGUGUGGCCCGAAAGUUGACGGCCAGUCAGUUAUCAAAAGGCGARCCAUUUAUUCCGCAAAGACUGUUGGUUUGCGGUCACUCUGUUUGCGAGUUAUGUAUUGUUGAGAUCUGUCAUCAAAACAAAGAGUUUAUCAAAUGUAUUGUCUGUACGUUCAUCACAACCAUCAGUCCGGAUGUCCGUCAAUAUGUCAUUCAAAAUGAGUCGGAAAUGCGUAAAUGGUUGGAUCCGUCGGCUGUCGGCGCACAGGUGUUACUCUUUGAGACUAACGGUAUGUUUCCCAUUGAUUUCUAUCAAAUCGGAGCCGCAAUCGAUUCGGGUGUCAUUACGGCUUCAAAGACGGCCGAAAUGAUUGACUUGGAUUUAGACGAUGAGUCUACUGUUCAACAGUCAGCUGCAACUCUGCGACCGAUAAUCAAUAGUCUUCAAGAAGACGAUACAACAAUCAGUAAUAUACUAUCCCGAGUGCCGAAGACAGCACCCAUUAAUUUCCAGAAAUGUAUUGAAAAUGGUGUCAAAACUUUUACCGAUUUAUCGGCCGUUCAUUUUGAAACUCAACGAAAUAUGGACAAUACGACCGAAUGGUUCAACAAAAUUAGGAAAGAUGUCAGACAACUGUUUCAUUCAUUGCAUUCGUUGCUUCAAAUGCGUGAAAAAGAGCUCUUGGAUGAGAUGAUGGCCAUGGAAUUGGCUCGAAGACGGGAACUUCACGCCUCUACUACUGAAAUACUAAGCAAAAGAUCUGAAUUAAAGGGCAAACUAUUACAAAGUAUUCAGGUCUACACCGAUAACGAGAGAAAUAAAUUGCAAAAUUUAAUUAACCAAUUGGUUAGAGACUCGAGCGGAACAACCAUUGGUUUGGCACAGAAUGACUUUAAAUUGACUUUUGAUACUAAUAUUGAGGAUCAACUCAAAAAGUUUGGCAAAUUUCAGAAACAAGUUAAUAACGAUACACCAGUUAAAAGCGAACCAAUGGAACAAACAUCGGGAGUAGGAGGUGGAGGUGACGAGGAAGACAUAACUGAAAUUGUUGAAGUUAUGGAYCAAUCGGAAUCAAAUGACGAUACAAUGAAUAGACAAGUGGUUAAUGUGAUAUACGUUGAGAGUCCGCAUAAGUUUUAUGUACAGAAAGUGGCCGAUAAAGAGAGAUUUGGUUUAAUGAAUCAAAUGAUUCAAAACAUUUGUAAGUCUCCCUAUAAUCACGCGCCAGCCAUUGGCACAUAUCCUACUGGAGAUGAAUUGUUGGCUUAUUCAUCAUCUAAGAAGUGUUGGUGUAGAGGAAGACUCAUACACUUCCGAGAGGGCACUAAUCAAAGUGGAGAACAUUUGGCUGAUAUUUUUCUUCUGGAUUAUGGAUUAAAUGAGACGAUUCAUUGGUAUAACGUAAGAGAGAAGAAGAUUGAUUUUGACACCAAGAAAUAUUUGCCGUUUGCCUACAAGUGUUGCCUUUAUAGUAUCAAACCUAAAACACUGGAAGAUAGUCGUAAAAAAUCUUAUAAUUGGUCAGAAAAAGCACUUGAAGUGUUCAAACUGUAUGUGACUGGCAAUCAAUUAACACUUUAUGAGUUUGAAAUGAAAAAUGAAUACAAAUUGGUUGACUUAAUUCAUUAUGAUGUGCCAAAUGUUAGUUAUAAAAUUCCGUCUGCUAUUCAAGUAUUAGUUAAUUUAAAAUUUGCYGAAAUGACUAAUUAUUUCGAUUUCAAUACAUAUUGUCGCCAUAAGAAUCAGCUAAUAAAGUAUAAACAACCAGAUAUACCGAAAGGAAUUAAAACUGUAUCAGUUAUGGUAUCACAUGUCGAGACUCCGGAUCUUUUCUAUGUUCAACUCCAGAGACAAUUUGAUGAUUUAGUUUUGCUUAUGAAACAAAUGAAUGAGACAUAUAAUGAUUCAAACGCUGGUAUUUAUACAUAUUAUUGUCCCAGAAUUAACACUCCAUGUGCUGUAAUAUGUGAGGGAGAGUCGGGUUGUAACGGCCGUAAUAUCCAGUGGCAGCUUCAAUACUAUAGGGGAAAUAUUAUUAAAAUAGAUCAGCCAUCAAAUGAAUAUGUGGUCCAAUUAGUCGAUUACGGCUAUGCUAUUGCUGUCAAACAAUCAUAUCUUCGUCUAUUGAGAGAUGAAUUUUUAACGACUCCUAUUCUAGCCAUACCUUGUGGUCUGAUUCACGUAAAACCGGUUUUAAAUAACAAAUGGACUGAAGAUGCGAUCCAGUUUUUUAACAACUCAACCACUAAAGGUUCGGGAAAAGCAUUGAUACUUGCGAUGACUACAUACGAAUUGGACAAUUUUAGCGACACUUAUAGCGUUUACCAAAAUAAAGUCAAUGUUGUGCUCAGAAGUUAUAAUGGCGGCGCUGAGGCCAAGAUCAAUGAGUUAAUGGUUCUGAAGAAGAAGGCCCACAGCACUGGAGAUCAUUCUUUAUGUGAUAUUCAAAGAUCAUUGAAUUCAUCUCAAGAAUCACUUCUUUCGACGCGAAGUUCUACUUCUAUUAGUGAAGAAUCAGAAAUUUCUCUUCCAUUGGGAGCAUCAGCUCUUAAAAUUUGCAGAGAUUUAGUUGAUCGACACGUGCGCUCYGAUUCAGAUAAACGGUCGUCACUUAUUAAAGUUAAAGUGACGUCUAUUGAAAACCCAAAUGAAAUAUACGUUCAAAUCGAUAAAAAAGAAGUGAAUGAAUAUUUUGAAACUCAAGAAAGAGCUUUAGUUGACGAUUACAAAAAUAAAGAGUUUUUUGGUGAAGUCGGGUUCAAUCCUAAUGAUUGGUGUGCUAUUAAAGUAGAGGGCAGUUGGAAAAGAGGUAAAGUUCUAAACUCUAUCGACAGUACAUCACAAGUGCCCAGAUUUAUGGUAUUAGCAGUCGAUUGUGGCACUAAACAUGAUAUACCAGUUUCUCAAAUGCUUCCGCUGUCCAAUGUUUAUACAAAAGAUGGUGCAUUUGCUAUGAAUUGUGUGUUUGGAUUAAAGCCGACGGGCGGUGACAACUGGUCGCACACUGCCAUUGAUGACAUGAAAGAGUUUCUUUCGAAGAAUCAUAAAAAUAUGUAUAUUUUAGUUAAAGAGAAAAUUAUUGACAGCGAACCUAUUCGUGUGAAACUCUAUUCUAAAGAGACAACAAUUCCCAGUGCUUUCGGCAAACAACAAGUUAUCUAUACCAGUGUCAGUACAUUCCUUAUUGAAAAAGGAUUGGCACUAAAAGAUACUAAUUAUAGUAGCAAUGGAGUGGUUGAUAGCGAUGACGAUACCGAUAUUAAUACCGAAAUGAUGCGAGAAGUGAGACCCGAAAUGCCUCAAUCGUACUUUGAAUCGGAAGGAAGUGUUCUUAAAGAUCUAAUGCAAAGAUCAAAAUCAAUAAAACCAGUAAAAAUCGAGUCAUGUAUCAAAUAUAUUGAACCUAUUUAUCCUAAAACUAAAACAUUUUAUGCGAUUGCCUGUGAAUUUGUUGCCAAUAAGUCUUUCGAUAUAUCAUUUCGACAAUUCUAUGAAAAUAUGCCAAAACAGCCGCUUAUCAAUAUUGAAGACAAGAUUCAGGCAAAACUUACUGAUGCGGGAGAAUUCGGGCCAUUUAUCGGUGAACUAAUUAAAGGAAACGCUUGUACAGCAUAUUUUGAAUACGAUAAGACAUGGAAUCGGGCAGAAAUUGUAGGCGUCACCGAAACUGACGAUAUAUCUAAACUGGUUAUACGUUAUGUUGAUUACGGUAAUGAAGAGCAAACCAUUAUUGACAAAAUUAGUUCAGAUGUAUUUGGCCGAGAAGUUCCAAAACUGGCCAUUCGAUGCCAUAUUAUUAAUAUCCAACCGGUUAAUGAAGAGGCCGAUAUAGAAAUCAGAAAUAUUAUCUACGCUAAAGUAUUAGACCAUAAAUGUCGCUUUCAUUGGGAGAACUUUCCCACACAAAGUCCAAUGAAAGUUAGUAUUGAUAUUAUAGAAAAUGGAUUAUAUGUUCCGUUAAUUAGGAUAUUAGAAAAUAAAGGUCUUUUGGUUGCCGAUAGAGAGGAAGAUCUGGACGAAGAAGUCGAGACUAUACUUAAUAUAGAAGGUCUCAUACAUUCAACAUACGGCUUAUACCCAAUUGUUUUUGAAACCAAUCGUUUUUAUCAAGUGGUUAUAUCACACUCAUUGGCGGGAAAGCAUGUAUUUUUUAAUGUCGAUGCUAUUGAUGAUCCGACUGAUAACGAAAUAGUCAUUAAUAAAGAACACAAAGCAUUCAUUUCAAUGUUAAGCAAAUUAAGAAAUAAAGUGAAACACUUUUUACCACUUCCACGACUCGCUGAAGGACAAACCUGUGUCGCUGAAUAUGAUUACGAUCAUCAAUGGUAUAGAGGGCUUAUACUUAAUGUUGAUACCAAUGUAGACUCAGGAGUGGCCAAUAUUUAUUUUGUCGAUUAUGGAAACAGCGAAAAGGUUUCAAUAAAUAAGUUAAAAGUAAUACAACCCGAAUUUCUUCACCCGCGAUCACACGCUAUAUUCUGUGAGUAUUAUAACGUGAAACCCGCCCGCAAUCGGUUGUGGUCUAAAAGUAAAGACUUAUUCGAUAAGAUCGCUCAAUAUGUGAAUAAUCUCUGUAGCGAUCAAAGACUUUUAGCCAGAUUUAAGUCUGACAAAUAUCCUCUCAAAAUUGAUCUAUACUUGAGUUGUGCCGACGAUCACACUAAACCCGAUCGACACGUUUUCCAAGACUUUGUUGAUAAUGGAUUACUUGAGUUCUGUGAUCCACAAGAGGUUUGGCGCAAACCAAUUGAAGUACAACAAAGUAUACGAAACAUUAGAGUUAAAAGCGAACCAACGAAUCAAAGUUGUGAUUAACAAA